AUGGAAGACCAAGAAUUUCAGCCUUAUGAAGAAGUUCAAGAAGUUGAAGAAUUAAUCCAGGAAGAGAUCGAUAAUGCAUUUAAAGAUGUGACAACUCAAGUGCACACAUUUAAUAGUGAUGAUCCUCCAGAAGUUAAAGCAAUGAAAACUAUGGCAAAUGGGGCCACCACCACCACCAAUCCCAUCGCUACAAAAGAAGUUAUUUCAGAUAUUGAUGAAAAAACUGAAAAAGAUAUUUUAUCAUCACCAAUUUCAGGAAUUCCUGGAACUAUUCCAACUAUUUCACCUGAAGAAAUUCCUAAUAUUCCUGAAUGGGUACAUAUAGGUUGGAAACAAGUUGCGAACAUCAAUGUCAAUGAUUCUAAUAAUAUUUCCGAAAAAGAUUAUUAUAAUCAAAUAUUAGGAGAAUUAUACUUUGGCAAACUUUGGUUAAAUGCUGGAGUUGUUUUUGUUUCCAUAUUUGCUACUUGGUUAGUUACUAUUCUUGGUGGUGGAUUAGGAUGGGUCAUAAUAAUUUGUGCUUUUGUCGCAUCAUAUUUCAAGAUUUCAGUAAAUAGAUUUUAUCUUAAUGCACGUAGUGACAUAUCACGUGAACUUGCAAUUGAAAAAUUAGAAACCGACACUGGAGAAGAAUCUGUAGAAUGGAUGAAUGAAUUUUUACGUCGUUUUUGGUUAAUUUAUGAACCUAUAUUAUCAGCUUCAAUCGUUCAAACUGCUGAUGGUAUAUUAGUUGCUUCAACUCCCGGUUUUUUGGAUUCUAUACGUUUAACAACUUUUACAUUGGGUACUAAACCUGUAGUUAUUGAAUCCAUUAGAUCAUAUCCUAAAUCUGAAGAUGACAUCGUGGUCAUGGAUUGGAAAUUAUCAUUUAAUCCCAACGAUCUUGCAAAUAUGACAAAAGUUCAAAUGGCCAGAAAAGUGAAUCCAAAAAUAGUACUUACAAUACGAGUAGGAAGAGGAAUGAUGGGAGCUGGUAUACCAAUAUUAUUGGAAGAUAUGUCAUUUUCAGGAUUAAUGAGAAUAAAAUUAAAGUUGAUAAAUACUUUCCCACAUAUUAAAACUGUUGACAUAAGUUUUUUGGAAGAUCCCAAAUUUGAUUAUGCUUUGAAACCUAUUGGUGGUGAAACCUUUGGAUUCGAUAUUGCUAAUAUUCCCGGAUUACACUCCUUCAUAAGAGACCAAGUUCAUGCUAAUUUGAGACCAAUGAUGUAUAGUCCAAAUGAAUAUGUGCUAGAUGUUGAAGCUUUAAUGGGGGGUUAUCCAAUCGAAAUCGCUAAAGGAAUACUCAAAAUAAAAAUCUAUGGAGCUAAAGAAUUAAGAAAUACCGAAAGACAAGCCCCAUUAUUAUUUGAUAGUAAAGCGUGUGGACAAAUCACAUUUGAUGCAAUUUGGUGUCCAGUUGUUGAACCUACAGAAACAGAACCAAAUCCCGAGUCAAAUAUUGGAAUCUUAAGAUUCGCAAUUCAUCAAGCAAGAGAUCUUGAUCCCAGACUUUCAAUAGUUGGUCAAUAUAAUCCAUAUGCUCAAAUAUAUUUGAAUGAAAAACCUGAACCUGUUUAUACUACAAAAGUAAUAAAAAGAAAUAAUAGUCCUAUUUGGGAGGAAGCAGUCGAGUUAUUUGUUACGCACAAACAAAAUGCAUUUAUCUCAAUUAAAAUUUUCGAUUCUCGUGAUCUUGCGGCAGAUCCAGUUGUCGGCAGUUGGUCAGGAAAAUUGAGCGAAUUUAUGUCAGAAUUAGCAUCAAGAAAUGAUUGGUUUACUCUUAAAAAUGCGUCUAGUGGUAAAUUAAGAUUAAGCUGUAUAUGGAAACCUAUUUUAAAUAUUGAAAAUUUCGAUUUUGAUCCAAUUGGUAUCGUUAAACUUCAUAUAAAGAGAGGUGAAAUAAAAAAUAAUCAAAUUGCGAGAAAAGCUGAUUGUUACGUAAUAGUUAGAGUUGAUGGAGAUUAUCGAGGUAGAACAGAUGUAAUUCAAGAUUCUAAUAAUCCGGAAUGGCAAGAUGAAAUAUUAUAUAUUCCUGUACAUUCGGAAAGGGAAUUAAUUGAAUUAAUUGUAUGGGACUAUGAGGUUACUUCCAAAAAUAAAAAAGUUGGUAUAAGUGAAAUUUCUUUAAAUAAAUUAAUUACUAAAAAUGAGGAUGGUACUAUUACUUCUAAAGGAAUAAUUGAGGAAACUUCGCCAUUAUCAUUGGAGAAUUCACAAAGAGGUUCUUUAACCUAUGCAGCUAGUUUUCAUCCAACUUUAAUUUCAGAGAAAGCUACUAAAGAGGAUGAAAACACCACCAUUAAUGAAUCAGAAUAUCAAUCUGGAGUGUUAGUUGUCCAUCUUAAGGAAGCCAAAAUGGAAAAGAGAGAGACUUCUGUUGAAAUUAUUGUAGAUAAUGGAUUAUUCCCUUCAGCUAUUUCAGAAAAGUGCAAAACGCAAAAUCCAAAAUGGGAUAAAAUAAUGGAAAUCUUUGUCAAGGAAUUGGAUUGGUCGAAAAUUACUUUUAAUAUAAAACAAUUCAAUGAUAAAAAUCCUAUCGGUGUUGUGACAGAGAAAGUAUUAAAUCUAAUUGAAUUAUGUAAAGAAUCUAAUAAAGAAGGUGGUAAUAAUAAGGGAAUAACAUUACCAAUCAGUGGAAUAAAUAAUGCUACAAUUAAUUUGAGUGUACGAUUUUUACCAAUGAACUAUAAAUUGGAUUCUUCUGAGACUAUUGAAAAUAUGGGAAUAUUACAUGUAAAAGUUCAAAACGCAGAAAAUUUAAUCGGUGUUGAUCGUUCUGGUACUAGUGAUCCAUUUUUCCAAUUUCUAAAGAAUGAUGAAAAAAUAUUCAAGACAAAAGUUAUUAAGAAAAAUUUGAAUCCUGUUUAUGAUGAAUUAUUCGAGACCAAUGUGUUUUCACGUAUUAGAGAUUCAUUUGUUAUAGAAGCAUAUGAUUGGAAUCAAUUAGGUUCUGCUAAAAAAAUUGGUCAAGGUAAACGAAUUUCUUCUGGAACAUUUAUGACUGCCACUAAAACUCUUACAGGUGUAAUUUCUGGUGGUGGUGAUGCAGUGGUAAAAGGUGGCACUUUCGCUGUAGGAAAUGGAGCUAAUAUUAUAGGAUCAGGUGUAAAUUUUGUGGGUUCGGGAGCUGGAAAUGUUGUUUCGGAGGUUGGAGGAAUUUUUAAAAUGAAUGAUAAUACUACUCGAAGUAUUAAAUUACAAGAAGUAAUGGAUUCACCAACAGAAGUAUCAUCACCUGCUGCUUUUACAAAUACUUCUAAAUCAGCCAGUACUGAAACAAGUUCCCAUUUCAUUGAAAAUAUUGCGAACGAAAAAAUAGAUCACUUAUCAAAAUCAGCACCAACAGGAAAUUUAAUCUUAACACUUAUUGAAGCUAAAGAAUUAGUUGCUGCUGAUUCGGGUGGUACGAGUGAUCCAUUUGUUAAAGCGAAAAUAAAUAAAAAGGAAAUAUAUAAAACACAAAUCAAAAAGAAAACUUUAACUCCUACAUGGAAUGAAUCUGUAACUAUUGGUGAUUUAACUCUCGACGCAACAUCAUCAAUACUUUUACAAGUAAGAGAUUAUAAUUUGAUGGGUAAAGAUGAUGAUAUUGGUGAAUAUGAAUUAAAAUUAUGGGAUUAUAUUAAAAUUUCCAACAACAACAAAGUAGGUGAUAAAAUAGUCGAAGAUAUUUGGGUAAAUUUGCAAAAAGUUCCAAAUGGUAAAUUACAUGUUAAGUUAGAGUUUACUCUUAAAAAAUGA